GCCCCCGGCCGGCACCGCUGCGCGCGGCACUGGCGCGGGGUGGGACAGGUCCGCGUGCGCGGAGGGAUCUGGCGGCCGAGAGAUGGAUGAUGAUGAUGAUGACAUUCCCCAGCUUUCAUCCCAUGCGUUGGCUGCCCUCCAGGAGUUCUAUUUGGAACAACAGCACAGAGAGGGCAUGAAGACCUCCCAAGGGUUUAAUCAAUAUUCCGUUGGCUCAAUAGAAGAAGACUGGCAACUGAGCCAGUUUUGGUACAGUGAUGAAACUGCAUCGUGCCUGGCUAAUGAAGCGGUUGUGGCAGCUGGAAAAGGUGGCAGGAUAGCAUGUGUUAGUGCACCAAGUGUGUACCAGAAACUGAAAGAACAGGAUGGUAAAGGUUUUUCAGUGUGUAUACUGGAGUACGACAGAAGGUUUUCUGUAUAUGGAGAAGAAUUUAUCUUCUAUGAUUACAACCACCCUUUGAACUUACCUGAAAAUCUCCUGCCACACAGUUUUGACAUCGUAAUAGCAGAUCCACCCUAUCUGUCUGAGGAAUGUCUUCAAAAAACUGCCGAGACCAUCAAAUACUUAACAAAAGGAAAGAUUCUGCUUUGCACAGGUGCAAUCAUGGAGGAACAGGCAGCAAAGCAUCUUGGUGUAAAGAUAUGCAAGUUUAUUCCAAAACACUCGCGAAAUUUAGCCAAUGAAUUUCGAUGUUAUGUGAACUAUGCUUCUGGACUGGACUGAUUCUCAUAAGAUCUACAACUUUUUCAGCCAAACUCCUUUUGGUUUUUUAUCAGUGACUCCACAUUUCUCAAUGCUGAAAUAUUCAGCUCCAAGUAAUGUUUUCCGGGCUAGCUUUAAUCAACACGGUGUGAUAACCUCUCUCUUUUAAAUGUGUAGACAUAUGCAGUUACUGUCUUUUGUAUCUUACCUAUUAGGUAAAUGGGGACCAAAUAAUGCAGGUGCUGGAUAAUGGGAACUUCUCUGUUAGAGUUCCGUUCUAACUUGUAGUUUUUACCAUUCUGUCCUGAGCAUGAUGUCACAUGGUAUGAAAUACCCCUUUGGCCAGUUUGGGUCAGCUGUCCUGGCUGUGUCCCCUCCCAGCUUCUUGUGAAAAUUAACUCUAUCCCAGCUGAAAGAACAGGACGCACUCAAGGACUCUUCAGUGACCUCUCUGAAGUGAUUUUAGCUGGUUGGCUUAUAAUAACACAUAUAUAUAACAACCACAACUGGAUGGUUCAAAGAGCACGAAUAGUGGUCUCUUUUCAAUCUUGAGAGAUGCUCCUUUAGUAAAAGGAUUGAGAGAGGUUUGAACAUGUCGUGUGUUUUCAGAUUCAUUAUCCAGCAGGCUGACGUUUUUAUAAAGGAUUACUAGAAGAGAAAAUAGGUCUCCUUCUGGGGAGGCCUCUCCAGUUGCUUUUAAUAAUAAUCAGAACUGCCUACCAGUUGCCAAGUAAGAUAAGACUGGCUUUUUAAAAACUUCUGGUUAUUGUUUCACCUUUUUUCUAAAGCCUGGUCACAAACCCAGCCCUCCUUUUUGUAAAAGAUCAGAUCUAUUUUGUCAUCACUUAUGACCGUAUAAACUUGUGUGUGUAUGUAUGCUGUACUACAGAAAAAGUAAUGUAAGUUGUUAAACAUCUCUUUGCAGAAGUACGGUGCACUUAUUUUGCGAUGUUUAUGUGUUAGAGCAAGAAAAAGUCAUGAGCUUUUAAAAAAAACCCACACAACUAGGCUCUUCUAUUUACUAGUUAAGCUAAUCUCCAGAGGUGGUAUAAACCUGAUGUCUCCUUGAAAAAAGCACGAUAAGGGUUUCUCCAUUAGAGCUUUACUUUCAUUAAGAAUCCUAUACAUUAGUCAGGCCAAAUCACCUGAAAUACAAAGUCAUUACUAAAUAAAGACGCCACACAUCAGCCACUGCUUGCAUUCCUGCUACAGACUGUGUUCAUGGGUUCUUGCUUCAAGUUACUCAUACUGUUGGUUGUGAGAUACUUCUGCAGUAAUGUGACCCCUACAUGUUAGUCCCCUAAAUCUUAAAUCAUAAUGGAUCUGAUUAAAUACAGUGCCUGCUUUUUAAUACAUUUCAAUAUCAAGCUAAAGAUGAUUUAUAGGUAUGUCAGGUUUGUAGUUACAAGCACAGUCCUUUUUCCUAAUUGCCCAGUUUCAUCUUUGCCUCCUGUUCCACAGGCAGCAGCAGAGUAGUAGAAUAGAAGCAUCUUAGAAAUUGUUGAAUUUUAGAAGGCCAUGCAGGUAUAACAUAAUGUAUUGAUAAACUCCUACUGUUUCUAAUAGACAAAUGUUGAAUUUUAUAUACAAGGUUUGGGCUAUGUUUCAAUCAAUUUCAAUCAAAACAGAUGAUACAUUAGAAAAACUUUGCUUUGGAAUAGUAGAGAUUUUCGUUAACUGGGAAUUUUAAAAGUUGGUUUUGACUAAUCUUUGACUACACUACUAAUGUCUCUUUGGGUGAAUGUUGGUUCAUAAAUUCCAAGGCACUCAUCGGUUUUAUCAGCUAUAAAUAUACUGUACAAAACAUAAAUAGCUGUCUUUAUAUGCCAUAUUUCUAUAUUGGGAUUGUGUAAAAGGUGAACAGAAACACUGCGUCUACAAAAUUAAGCACCUAAAAUGAAGUAUUAAGAAAUUUAUUUUGCAAUGGGGAUAAACCUAAUUAAGCUUGUGAGACAAGACUUUUAAUAAGGUAGAGAGAAUACUUGUUUCUGUGCAUUUCUGCCAUUUGGAUGCAGAUUUUCCCACCUGGUGGAGUAAACAAAUGAGCAGAAAUAAUGUAUAUGAAAUAUAAUCCUCUCUUAGUGCCCAGAGAAUCGUGCUUCCUGAGCUGGACACAACACUACUUCAUAAAUACCCAUCCAAGCCACUGUUACUUUCUUCCCCACGUUCCAAGAGAUCUGGUCACUUCCUAAGGCUUUUCCCUCCUCACAUCUUUUAUCUGCUGCUUCCUCUCUCCAUAUAGUGUUCAUCAGUUUCAUGAUACCAGUUUUCUUUCUCUUUCAUGCGCCUUGGUUCCUAUCAGACUGGUAACAGGUAUUGUUAAAAUGAGGAAAAGUGCAGCAGAGGAAGAGCUCACAGGGAAAAUGGAGACCAGGCUCUUCCGACAGUCUCUGAGCCCACAGCUGAUACAGUUUUGCCUUUCAAACCAGAAGCCAUCCUUGCUGCUGAGCUCAAUAAAGCCAGAAUCCCCCUUGAAAAUGACUGCCCACAGGUGCCACACAGCUGGGUUUAACUGUUUUCCAGGAGGCCAUGCCAUUACUUUUAUGUGGCCAGUUUCAAAACAAGAAAGCAAACCAAAAUGUUAAAUGCAUAGGUAUUGGCACAAAUCUAUACUUCACAACUGUAAGCUGUUUUAUGUUUAUUACCUCAAUGUCUUGCACACCAAGCAGAUGGAGACAAUGAAGUAACUCCUGAGACUUUAAACUACGCAGAGACUUCAAGUGAGACGGGUAUGAUUGCCAGAAGGGAUGACACUCAUCCCCUUGCCACCCACCUAAACUAAAACAUACUGUUCAAGCACAAACUUCACCUAUGUUGCGGCUUUGCUAUUAAUUCCUUCAUUUGUCUGCUUAAUUUUGCUAAAUAUGUGGUGGUGUGCUCUAUCAGAAUUAAAAUACAACUUUGCUAACUUCA